CAAAACCCUACCUAGAAUAAACCCCGUCGUCGGCCUCUGCUGGUUUUUCCUCCGCCGUUAUCACCCGAGUUGAGCUUCUACAAUGGGUCGCAAACUCAAAGAAUCCUCCGCCGCCAUCGGCGAGGCAGAACUGCAACAGGCCCAACCUCUCCACGAAGCCAAAGCCGAGAGGAAGAAGAAGAAGAAGAAGCAGAAAAACAAAGACGAAGAAGAAGCCCAUCCCAGCCCCAACCCCAAGAGAAAGCUCGAAGACAUUGCUCCUCAGGAAGAAGACUCAGAUUCUAUUGUCAAAAAGAAGAAGAAGAAGAAGAAGAAGAAGCACAAGAAAUCCAAAGACAAGGAGGAAGAACCCGAAAAUAAUCAGGAGCCACAGGAAAAUGGCCAUGCCGACGAAGGUGAAUCUGGAGACGCGGCUGUGGUGGUUAGUGGGAAGGAUUCGAAGGAAGCCAAAUACAAGCCACUGACUUCCUUUGCAGAAUCGAAGCUUCCUAGUGAGGUUUUACAAUGCUGUCAGAAUUUCAACAGUCCAUCUCCGAUUCAAUCCCGGGCCUGGCCGUUCUUAUUGGACGGUCGCGAUUUUAUUGGGAUUGCAAAAACCGGGUCAGGCAAGACUUUGGCUUUUGGAAUACCCGCUAUUAUGCAGGUUUUGAACAAGAGGAAGGGUAAGUUUUCGAGGGGACGAACUCCUCUUUGCCUUGCGCUUGCACCUACAAGGGAGCUAGCUCAACAAAUUUCAGAUGUUUUGUUCGAGGCUGGGAAACCUUGUGGUGUGGUAUCAGUUUGUUUGUUCGGAGGAGCAUCCAAGGGACCCCAAAUAUCUAUGUUGAAGUCUGGUGUUGACAUCGUCAUUGGAACUCCUGGUCGUCUAAAGGAUCUCAUUGAAAAUAAGGAUUGUUGCCUGAAGGAAGUAUCUUUUACGGUCCUUGAUGAAGCAGAUCGAAUGCUAGACUUGGGAUUUGAACCAGAAGUUCGCUAUAUAUUGGGCCAGACAUGCUCUGCUCGGCAAAUGGUAAUGUUCAGUGCUACAUGGCCUCCAUCAGUUCAUCAAUUAGCUCAGGAAUUCAUGGAUCCUAAUCCUGUUAAGGUAGUUGUUGGAUCAGAGGAUUUAGCUGCCAACCAUGAUGUUAUGCAGAUAGUUGAGGUCUUGGAUGAUCAUUCACGUAAUGGGCGCUUGGUUGCAUUGCUAGAAAAAUACCACAAAUCCCAAGAGAACAGAGUUUUGAUUUUUGUCUUGUACAAAGCGGAAGCCCCUCGCCUUGAGAAUAUGCUGCACAAAGGGGGUUGGAAAGCUGUUUCUAUACAUGGUGAUAAGGCACAAAGUGAGCGUACAAAGGCACUCUCUCUGUUCAAGAAGGGAAGCUGCCCCUUGAUGAUAGCUACUGAUGUGGCUGCUCGUGGAUUGGAUAUUCCAGACGUUGAAGUAGUGAUCAACUAUAGUUUUCCCCUCACUACUGAGGAUUAUGUCCACCGAAUUGGGCGGACUGGACGGGCUGGAAAGAAGGGCGUUGCUCAUACUUUUUUCACACAUCACAACAAGGGACUUGCGGGGGAGCUGGUCAAUGUUCUCAGAGAAGCCAAGCAAAAUGUGCCAGAAGCCUUGUUGAAAUUUGGCACCCAUGUUAAGAAGAAGGAGUCCAAACUUUACGGGGCUCACUUCAAAGAGAUUCCUGCCGAUGCUCCAAAGUCUCAAAAAAUCACCUUCAACUCUGACGAUGAAGAUUAGUUCUUUUUGCAAUUAUGAAAACAUUUGUUACUCGAGCAGUAAAACGCCCAAAGUUGGCUGUGGGAAUUAGUUCUUAUUGUAAUUUACGCAAAUUUUGUUGUCCUUUUUUUGUUUUGUUUUCCCCCUCGAUUGUAUUACAUGGAUUCUCAAUGAUUAUUUACUUUGGAUUUUCAUAUUACCUUAAAACUUAUAGCAUUUUACGUU